UGAGGCUCGGCUCACGGUUGUGCGAAGGUCAGGAGCCUCGCGAGUGGCACUCGAAUUCUGUCUGAAAAUCGCAGCGAAGCAGCGCAGCGCCCGCACCCCGAACACACCAUGAAGACGUUUUACUUCCUAUUCUCCCUGGCCCUAUCUAUUGCUCUGGGAGGAGGCUCGCCUUACGACCCAGACGACCCGCUCAUCGAGUCGGUGCUCCCGCCGAAAGACGUAGCGUUCGAGGCGUUCUACCCCAAGUCCGCUUACGGAGUCCCGAACGGGGCUGCUCGCCCACCCCACGGCCACGGAAGCUUCUACAAACACCGGCAUCCAGCCCUCGUCGACACCAAGAAUGCCCCUGCCUUUGGAUUUAGGUUCGACGGCCGACGCAGGUUUAAUUACGACUGAAAAUCUUGUUGAAACUCUCCUGUAUUAAAACUUUAUAUCCCUCUGA